AUGUCCUAAAAACACAAAUUGCUAUCAAAUCGUAAAGUAUAUUCUGUAAAAAACUGUGGAUAAGAUUCACCAACUUAAACUUAAUAAAAUGAAUCACCAAUAACAAAUUCAUUAGAUAAAUCAUAUCAUAAUAUCAAAUUGAUUUAUGAUGAAUAUUUAUAGAUUAUUUAAGAAUAGCCUCCAAUUACAAAAGAAAUAAUGAAUUUAAAGGACAAAUUAAAGUUAAUAUAUAAAAGUUCACUUCAGUCUAGUAAGAUUGAAAAGGAAAUGCGUAUUUUUUUGAAGAUUUUGAUAAAAAUAACUUAAGCUAUUACUAAAGUGAGUUUCUAAUGGAUCAAUUUCAUAGUUAAGGUGCUUUAAUUUAGUAAGAUGGUACAAUACAUGUAAUUUUCAUGUUUUCUAUUUUAGCAAGGCAUAUAUUUUAGGGUACUAGUAGAGGAGAUAUUUCCCAUCUUAUCGCGGCAACAUUUACUUGACGAUAACGGAUAGACAAGUGGAAUUGGAAAAUAUAUUUGGAUAGAGGGGUCUACAUAUUUUGGUGAUUUCUUUGGUGGUAGUUUUAAUGGAUUUGGAUAAAUGACUUUUGUAAAUGUAAAAAUUAAUAUUAUUAAUCAUUUUAUCUGA